AUGGCCAAGGGGAAAGCAAAAGGACCAAAAGGGAAAAAAAUUACCUUGAAAAUUGCCAAAAAUUCCAUCAGAAUCUCUUAUGAUGGAGGGCGCCGUCUUGACUUAAGCAAGAUGGGUAUCACCACCUUUCCCAAGUGCAUUCUGAAACUGGCUGAUGUGGAUGAGCUUGAUUUGAGCAGAAACAUGCUAAAAAAGAUCCCAAACAGCAUCGAGAAGUUUCAGAAACUGCGCUGGCUGGACCUGCACAGUAAUCAGCUUGAAGAGCUGCCCAAGACAAUAGGUACACUACAGAACCUUUUCUACCUGAAUAUUUGUAAUAACAAGCUGACAACUAAAAGUCUGCCGGAGGAGUUGAACCUUCUCAAGAACCUUCGCUUUCUCAACCUUGGCUUGAACUGUCUUGAAUGCAUCCCCACCAGCCUUGGGGCCCUGCAGGAACUUAAGGAAUUAGGUCUCUUUGACAACUUACUGACCACCAUCCCGAACAGUGUGAGAAAGCUCCCCAAGCUCAAGAAACUGAAUGCAGAAAGAAACCCUUUCCCUCAUUCAAUAAAAAAAGAAGAGUGUGUCGACCCCAUCAAAUGCACAGAAACGCUUUACUUAGUACAAGAGAAAGACCUGUGCCGUUCCUGCCUGAAGACAUGUCAGGAUGAGAAGGACAAGAUGAACAAGUUAAAGAACAUAAUACCCAGCCCCUCAAAGGAGCUCAGCUUCCCUUUACUCCUUACGCCCAAUUCCACUGCGAAGGAUAACCAAGAGCAAUGGAGAUUAAAAGGUGAAGAUCCCUGA